CGCCGAGCCAGCCCUAGCCCCAGGCGGAGCCCGGGCCGCCGGGCAGCGGGAGCCCGCGCGCGGCUCGCCCCGGCAUGGAGAAGCGCGCGGCCGCGGGGCCGGAGGGGGCGCCGGGCGCCAGGGCGCCGCUCGCAGUCGUCUGCCUGGUGAAUCUCUUUUUUACUGGGAGGCUCAGCAGCGCAGUCCCUGCCUUAGCCGCCUGCAGUGGGAAGCUGGAACAGCACACUGAACGGCGAGGGGUCAUCUACAGCCCAGCCUGGCCCCUCAACUACCCACCGGGCACCAACUGCAGCUGGUACAUUCAGGGUGACCGUGGUGACAUGAUCACCAUCAGUUUCCGCAACUUUGAUGUGGAGGAAUCUCACCAAUGCUCCCUGGACUGGCUGCUGCUGGGCCCGGCAGCUCCACCUCGCCAGGAGGCAUUUCGCCUCUGUGGCUCAGCCAUCCCGCCCGCCUUCAUCUCUGCCCGUGACCAUGUCUGGAUCUUCUUCCACUCAGACGCCUCCAGCUCCGGCCAGGCCCAGGGCUUCCGCCUCUCCUAUAUCCGAGGGAAACUGGGCCAGACAUCCUGCCAGACAGACGAGUUCCGCUGUGACAAUGGCAAGUGCCUGCCUGGGCCUUGGCAGUGCAACAUGGUGGAUGAGUGUGGAGAUGGCUCGGACGAGGGUAACUGCUCGGCGCCUGCCUCAGAGCCACCAGGCAGCUUGUGCCCCGGGGGGACCUUCCCGUGCAGCGGAGCCCGCUCCACACGCUGCCUUCCGGUGGAGAGGCGCUGUGACGGCACACAGGACUGUGGCGAUGGCUCCGAUGAGGCUGGCUGCCCCGACCUAGCAUGUGGCCGGCGGCUGGGCAGCUUCUAUGGUUCCUUCGCCUCCCCAGACCUGUUUGGUGCUGCCCGUGGGCCUUCGGACCUUCACUGCACGUGGCUGGUGGACACCCAGGACCCUCGGCGCGUGCUGCUGCAGCUGGAGCUACGGCUAGGCUACGAUGACUACGUCCAAGUGUAUGAAGGCCUGGGCGAGCGUGGCGACCGUCUGCUGCAAACGUUGUCCUACCGCAGCAACCACCGGCCCGUGAGCCUCGAGGCGGCACAGGGCCGCCUCACGGUGGCCUACCAUGCUCGUGCCCGCAGUGCUGGUCAUGGCUUUAAUGCCACAUACCAGGUGAAGGGCUACUGCCUUCCGUGGGAGCAGCCGUGUGGGGGCAGCAGUGAGGGAGAUGACAGCAGCUCCGGGGAGCAGGGCUGCUUCUCAGAGCCACAGCGCUGCGAUGGCUGGUGGCACUGUGCCAGUGGCCGGGAUGAACAGGGCUGCCCGGCAUGCCCUCCGGACCAGUAUCCCUGCGAGGGUGGCAGCGGCCUGUGCUAUGCCCCCGCCGAUCGUUGCAACAACCAGAAAAGCUGCCCCGAUGGCGCCGAUGAGAAGAACUGCUUUUCCUGCCAGCCGGGCACCUUCCACUGUGGUACCAACCUGUGUAUCUUUGAGACGUGGCGCUGUGAUGGCCAGGAGGACUGCCAAGAUGGCAGCGAUGAGCAUGGCUGCCUGGCCGCUGUGCCCCGCAAGGUCAUCACCGCUGCUCUCAUUGGCAGCCUGGUGUGUGGACUGCUGCUUGUCAUCGCCCUAGGCUGUGCCUUCAAACUCUACUCCCUGCGCACGCAGGAGUACAGGGCCUUUGAGACCCAAAUGACCCGGUUAGAGGCAGAGUUUGUGCGGCGGGAGGCCCCCCCAUCCUACGGCCAGCUCAUCGCUCAGGGCCUCAUCCCACCCGUCGAGGAUUUUCCUGUCUACAGUGCAUCCCAGGCUUCAGUGCUACAGAACCUUCGCACAGCCAUGCGUCGACAGAUGCGCCGGCAUGCCUCCCGCAGGGGGCCAUCCCGCCGCAGGCUCGGCCGCCUCUGGAACAGGCUCUUCCACCGCCCACGGGCACCUCGAGGCCAGAUCCCACUGCUGACGGCUGCACGGACCUCACAGACCGUGCUGGGUGAUGGGCUCCUCCAGGCGGCACCAGGGACUGCCCCAGAUCCCCCAGCGCCCCAUACAGACACAGGCAGCCCCAGGGAAGCUGGAGGUGGGCCUCCCAGUGGCCCUGGCCAUGUACCAGAAGUGGGGCCUUCAGUGCCACCCCCACCCUUGAACCCGCGAGACCCAGAGUACAGGCCAGAGGACAAGGAGAGAAAAGCCUGUGAGGACCCUCCGGAAGACAGCCCAGCCCCUGUGGACACGCCUCCAGAGCCCUGCUUGGCCCAAGACCCCUACCCCCAGAAUCCCACUGCCAGCAGCACCCAAGAUCCCCACUCGCCAGAGUCAUCGGGGGUCUGCAGGAGCCCCCUGCCAACCUGCUCCCCAAUAUUGGAGGCUAGUGACGACGAGGCCCUGCUGGUCUGCUGACCCAUUGGACAUGCUGGUGACUGCCACAGCCCCGCUUUGUAACCAGGGAAUACACAGUCAUUUCUACCCUGCCUCUGCAUUUCUUCUUACAAACAGAGACCCACCUAGCAGCCCUGGUGGAAGGCCUGGGCGCCCAGCCAGUGGGCUACCUCUGCAAGCCUAUGGCCCUGAUGGGUAUCGCUGGCAGGGGCUUAGGGGCCCAUUAGUUGGCCUGGGAAGGAGGGUGGAGUGGUAAGACCACCUUGGAGGUGGGCAAGAGCACAGCCCCUUGGAGUUGCACGUCAGAUUGUUCCCUGCAACUCUAACCUGGGGAUUCAUUUCCAGAAAAGCAGGGGAGCCAGAGCCAGGCUUUCUGCAAUGUUUUCUGUGGCUUCUCAGUUCAUUCAGCCGGCAGUGGCACCGGCUGCCCAUCCCAGAACUCUGCCGGGAGCUGUAGUUGAGGCCUGAGGAGGUCAUGGGGGGUGUUGGACCUCAUUCAUGGUGAGUGCUCUAUCCACCCUUCCCCACAGGGCCCUUGGGGGAGACGGGCUAGUGGCUUCUGCCCCAUCCUCAUGCCUGUGGUGGCAGCAUAGGCCUGGCUAGGCCGGGGCACUCUGCCCACUGGCUGCUGGGUCAGUCCCUAUGCAUAAUGGUGAGGCUGGAAAUAUGGGCGAGGACGACCACGAGAGAAGCCAUUCUGUGCUUUCUCAGGAUACGAAGUCAAAGCACUGAGCGACAAUGAUAACGUCCAUCCCGUCCUGCCUCAGAGCCUCAGUUUCCCCACCUGAAGCCAGGGCGAUGCUGUGCUAUCAGAAGUGGCACCCAUUCGCUCUGGUGAUUUAUGGGAAAAGGGCAGUCACAGCUGGGGACAUCUGGGUUCUCCUGGAGGGUCAUAGAUGGAGUCCUAUGGGCCCCAUGGAGUCAGCCUCAGGUUCCAACAGCAAAACCCAUCAGAAACCCUCCUCCAUAGCACCAUCCCAGCUAGCAACUGAUACGCCAUGCCGAGUCCCCAUGGACUCCCCUCGCACACAGCAACAACCAGCCCUGUUUAUUUCCAGGCUUUUCAGGAGAAGCUAGCAGGGCAGUGCUAAGGCAGGAAGCCUGACCCCAGUGGCCGGUCCCUUACAGUAGGCCUCUAAGGGUCGGUUCUCUUUUUUUUUUCCAGAAUUUUUUUUUGAAAAUAAAACAAAACACAAAACCCUCCUUAAUAAACAACAUGUAAACAGAA